UCUGGAAGUGAGCUCCUCUGAUGACGCGCCCGCGCUCGGCUGCUAGCUGCAGUGUCACUGCAAUGGCUGAGGGGCGGCUGUUGGACGCUCGCAAUGAGCUCAUUUUCCCCGGAGAGAGGGAAGCAAGCCUCCAGCGCAUCACCCAGCAACUGCAACCUUCCUGUGUGAAAUCCCUCUCUAGCUCCUUCCUCAGGCUGGCCUGAUCCUUCUUCACUUUCAGGGUGUGUACAUGGAACAGCCUGCAGGUUUUAGAAUGAACUGCCCUGCAAUACGUGGAAUGGUACUUUCUCCAGGUAAAGCAGACAAGCAAUGUGUCCAUCCUGAUGGAGCAUGCCUGUAAGGAUGAACACAGGAGCAUAGAGCUUUAAGCGGGGGCAUGCAAUUAAACGACACAGAAGGAAGCCACAUCUUUUUGACCUAUUAAUGGAUCAUGACUGGAUAUAAUCUGACAUUCUGAACAGCCUUUCCUGGCAUCCUCAUGUUGUUAUGAAUUGAAGGGCACUCAGCCUAUUGAAAACUGAAGUGUAAUUAGUGAUCAUGAGAAAGAAAUCAGGUCACAUGUUGGUGUUUUGCUGUUAGCUUGGUGCAGCAGAGGGAUUUUGUUCCCAUCAGAAGGCAAGGCACGUGAGAAAAUGUCGUGGAAGAGAAUCAAGGAAUAGGCGAGAACGGGAGGUUCUCUCUGCUUGGGAUUUUACCCCUCUUGCCACGCCGUCUCACGAUGUCAAAGAAGGGUGCCAGCUUUCGAGCUAAAGGAGAAAGACCGGAUGCCUUAGCUGCCUUGCAAGCUGCUAAUGAAGAGCUCAGAGCAAAACUCACAGACAUUCAAAUAGAGCUCCAGCAAGAAAAGAGUAAGGUUAGCAAGUUGGAGAGAGAGAAAAACCAGGAAGUUAAACAGAUCAAAGAACACGAACAGCAUAAAAACAUAGUGAUUGUAACAGAACUCAAGGCUAAACUUCAUGAAGAAAAAAUGAAGGAGCUCCAGGCUGUUCGAGAAGGACUUUUAAGACAGCAUGAAGCUGAGCUUCUUAGAGUGAUAAAAAUUAAAGAUAAUGAAAUUCAAAGACUACAGGCCUUACUUAAUGUCGUCCGGGAUGGGACACCUGAUAAGGUGAAGACGGUGCUCUUCUCAGAGGCAAAGGAAGAGGCCAAGAAAGGAUUUGAAGUUGAGAAAGUCAAAAUGCAACAGGAAAUUUCUGAGCUUAAAGGAGCUAAAAAACAAGUGGAGGAAGCUUUAUCUGUGGUCGUUCAAGCAGACAAAAUUAAAGCGGCAGAGAUCCGGAGCGUGUAUCACCUGCACCAAGAAGAAAUCACCAGAAUAAAGCGAGAGUGUGAGCGGGAAAUUCGCAGAUUGAUGGAGGAGAUCAAAUUUAAAGACAGAGCAGUCUACGUGCUGGAAAGAGAGUUAGGGGUUCAAGCCGGGCAUGCUCAGAGACUUCAGCUCCAAAAGGAGGCUUUAGAUGAACAACUUUCCCAGCUCAGAGAGGCUGACCGGCAUCUGAGCAGCCCCAAGCGGGAACUUCCUCAUCCAAGUGGUGCAGGAGACACUUCAGACCAUUCAGGAAGUCCUGAACAGCAGUUGGACGAAAGGGACGCCCGGCGUUUCCAACUUAAAAUAGCUGAAUUAAGUGCAAUCAUCAGAAAACUAGAAGAUCGGAACGCAUUAUUGUCAGAGGAACGAAAUGAGCUUCUGAAGCGUCUAAGAGAAGCUGAGAGCCAGUACAAACCACUGCUAGACAAAAAUAAACGGCUCAGUAGGAAGAAUGAGGAUUUGUCUCACACCUUACGUCGGAUGGAAAACAAACUAAAAUUUGUAACACAAGAGAAUUUAGAAAUGAGACAAAGGGUGAGGACAAUUAGGAGACCAAGUUCUUUAAAUGACCUUGACCAGAGUCAAGAUGAAAGAGAAGUUGAAUUUCUGAGGCUACAAAUCAUUGAACAGCAAAACAUCAUAGAUGAACUUUCAAAGACCCUAGAAACUGCUGGCUAUGUGAAGAGCGUAAUAGAGCGUGAUAAACUUUUAAGAUACAGGAAACAGAGAAAGAAAUUUGCAAAAUUUCCUAAGAAGCCAGUGGUGGAGACAUUUUUUGGGUAUGAUGAAGAAGCUUCCCUUGAGUCUGAUGGCUCUUCUAUCUCUUAUCAAACUGACCGAACAGAUCAAACUCCCUGCACACCUGAUGAUGACUUGGAAGAGGGCAUGGCAAAAGAAGAGACAGAAUUAAGAUUCCGGCAGUUGACAAUGGAAUAUCAAGCUUUACAGAGGGCGUAUGCUCUGUUGCAAGAACAGGUUGGAGGAACGUUGGAUGCAGAACGAGAAGUUAAGACUCGUGAGCAGCUUCAAGCAGAAAUCCACAGAUCCCAAGCUCAAAUAGAGGACCUAGAAAAGGCACUUGCUGAGCAAGGACAGGACAUGAAGUGGAUUGAAGAAAAGCAAGCAUUAUACAGAAGAAACCAAGAGCUUGUAGAAAAGAUAAAACAAAUGGAGGUAGAAGAGGCUCGGCUAAAGCAUGAUGUUCAGGAUGCUAAAGAUCAAAAUGAACUCUUGGAAUUUAGAAUACUAGAACUUGAAGAGAGAGAGAGAAGAUCUCCAGCCAUCAAUUUUCAUCACAUUCCUUUUACUGAGGGGAAAAGCCCUCUCCAGGUCUACUGUGAGGCAGAAGGUGUAACAGAUAUACUAGUAGCAGAGCUGAUGAAAAAAUUGGACAUUUUAGGCGAUAACGCCGUAAGUAACUUAACGAAUGACGAGCAAGUAGUUGUAAUACAAGCAAGGACUGUUUUGACAUUGGCUGAAAAGUGGCUGCAGCAGAUAGAAGUAACGGAAUCCGCACUACAGCAGAAGAUGAUAGACUUGGAGAAUGAAAAGGAAUUAUUUAGUAAACAAAAAGGAUAUCUGGAUGAUGAACUUGAUUACAGGAAGCAGUCUUUAGAUCAAGCCCAUAAGCACAUUCUGGAAUUGGAAGCCAUGCUGUACGAUGCCCUCCAGCAGGAGGCAGGAGCCAAAAUGUCUGAAAUCCUUUCCGAAGAAGAGAGAGAGAAGCUGAAGAAUGCUGUGGAACAAUGGAAGCGGCAGGUUAUGAGUGAACUUCGAGAAAGAGAUUCCCAGAUUCUGCGGGAGAGAAUGGAGCUCAUUCAACAUGCACAGCAGAGAAUUAAGGAGCUAGAAGAAAGAAUCGAAGCUCAAAAAAGACAAAUAAAGGAAUUAGAAGAAAAGUUUUUAUUUUUGUUCUUAUUUUUCUCCUUAGCUUUCAUUCUUUGGUCAUAGUACGCCUGCCCACCUACAAGAGCCCAGAGAGAAAGCUAGAAACUCGUCUCUUAUGGAACAAUGUUACAAUGAUUGCCAAGGUUGGGAGGGGAGAAGAUGUUGCCAUUUCAAGAAACUAAUCUAUAUACUGUAUUUUGACAUGAAAGACUGAAGAGUUAAUUUUUUUGACCAUUUUUAUAAAGAAGAACUUGUGUGCAUUUUAUUUUGAAGUAAAGUCUGAUCUUCUGACAGGUGUAACUCUCUCUAAGUUUUUACAAACUAGUAUUAGAAUUGUCGAAGAAGAAAGCC